UCGCGCCCCUUCCCUCCCGUCGCUCUGUCUUCGUGCGGUCCCGCUUCCGCUCGCUCGGGCCACUGGCUGUAUCUUGUACGCCAGGUGUGAGGCCCUGGAUAUGGAGGAGCUGCUGAGGCGGGAGCUGGGCUGCAGCUCCGUCAAGGCCACUGGUCACUCGGGAGGCGGGUGUAUCAGCCAGGGCCAGAGUUACGACACGGACCAAGGGCGCGUGUUUGUGAAAGUGAACUCCAAGUCGGAGGCUAGAAGGAUGUUUGAAGGUGAGAUGGCAAGUUUAAUUGCCAUUCUGAAAACAGACACAGUGAAAGUGCCCAGGCCUAUCAAGGUCCUCGAUGCCCCGGGAGGUGGCAGUAUGCUGGUGAUGGAGUACCUGGAUAUGCGAUACCUGAGCAGUCACGCUGCAAAGCUUGGGGAGCAGCUUGCGGACCUGCAUCUUCAGAACCAGAAGCUGGGAGAGAUGCUCCGGAAGGAGGACAGCACAGUAGGGAAAGGAGAUGGGCAGGCAGAAUGGCACUUUGUGGACCAGUUUGGGUUUGAUGUAGUGACCUGCUGUGGAUACCUCCCCCAGGUGAACGACUGGCAGAAGGACUGGGUCAAGUUCUACACGCAACAACGCAUUCAGCCUCAGAUAGACAUGGUGGAGCGGGGUUCCGGAGACCGGGAGGCCCUCCAGCUCUGGUCUGCUCUGCAGUUGAAGAUUCCCAGCCUGUUCCGUGAUCUGGAGAUUGUCCCUGCCUUACUACACGGAGACCUCUGGGGAGGGAAUGUGGCAGAAGAUGCCUCCGGGCCCAUCAUUUUUGACCCAGCUUCAUUCUAUGGCCACUCAGAAUAUGAACUGGCGAUAGCUGGCAUGUUUGGGGGCUUCAGCAGCUCCUUUUACUCUGCCUACCACAGCAAAAUCCCCAAGGCCCCGGGCUUUGAGAAGCGCCUGCAGUUAUAUCAGCUCUUUCACUAUCUGAACCACUGGAACCAUUUUGGAUCCGGCUACAGAGGGUCCUCCCUGAACAUCAUGAGGAAUCUUGUCAAGUGAGCUGCUUUCCAUGGAGGGUGCCAUCUCCGAGCAGCAUCCUGAGGCCUCCGGUUCAGGGGCACUGGUCUGAUCUGGUCUGCUCUGGUCUGCUCUGGUCCGGAACUUGUUGUUGCUCCGUCUCCAGCCUCAUAAAUGCUUCCUGUUGUUGCUCAGGCCGACCUCAAGCCUCGUGAGGAGUGGAUAUCUCAGGAGAGCCUAUGUUGUCCUGAAGUUGUACAUUGUUAGGUUUUAUGGCCAGGUGAGGCCAUGCUGAUGUGAACAGAGAGGCCCCCGAAGCCUGGAGCAUGGAGCAGGAGCGGCUGCAGGUCGUGUGGUGCCCAGGGUACCUAGCUUUUCUUCCCUGCUUCUGGCUCCACUCCUGGGCAUCUCAGAGACCUGAAUCCAGACAUGGAACCAUCUUGCUAGAAACUGUUAGAAGUGACAAUUUCCAGAUCAAGUACAUUCCCUUUCCUUUGUACCUGACCACUGGACCUAGCUGUAGGCUGGGCAGGUCAAGCAGCAUCCUGGGAGUGACCCAGCUGCCAGCCCUUGGUGUGAGCUGAGUACAGUCAGGAGCCUUGAAUUGUUCUUCUUAUUCCUCCAUCUCAUGUGCAGUUUUCUAAAGCUGACUGAGUUGUCAUUCCUUGGCAACAGAUGAGUAUUGAACUAAUAUCUUUUCUCUCCUUCAUUCUGUACUGAUGAGAAAUUUUACAAAUACCACUGAUGCUAAUAAAUCAUUUUGCCUAAAAAUUUGAAUAAACUUUCAGUGGUUUCAAUGGUA